AUGACUCGGUCGAUGCAUCAGGACGCCGCCGAAACUGUUUUACGGAGGACUAUGGUGCUGCUACUUUUGCUGUUGAUGUUCUCCUCGUCGUCGUUUCCAUCGGUCACCGCCGAGUGCCCUGACAAUUGCUCGUGCGAAGAAGAGCUGACUGUCUUCUGCCAUGGCCAGGGUCUGGACCGGAUACCCGUCCGCAUACCUCCGGCUACCAAAGUGCUGGCAUUGAGUUAUAAUAAAAUCAGAGAUAUCGAACCGAAAUCAUUUACUCAUCUUACAGAGUUAGAGACCUUAUACUUGAUCAACAAUAAUAUAAGUGAAGUGAAAAAUGGUGCAUUUUCAAACCUUUCGAAGCUUCAGUUCUUACGCUUGAGUGGAAAUAAAAUCGAAAACAUCGAGAUUGGGGUUUUUAAUAACUUAACGAGUUUGAAUGAAUUAUACUUGGAUGACAACCAAAUACAUAAGCUCGAUUUGGAAAUGUUUAAGGGACUUACAAAACUGAAUAAACUGUCCUUGGGAAACAAUAUGAUAAGCAGUAUUCCACCUGGGAUAUUCGAUUCAUAUAACGUCGUUGAGUCGUUUACAGCUUAA